UUGGAAGAAUAGUGAAGCAUUUAAUACGGUUAAUAAUCGCCUCCACGUGGUUUAAAUAUCCCCUGUACUGGACGUCGCUGGAUAUAAGUGUUCCCACUUUCAUCUUUGCCACUAGAUGUCAAUAGAGUGUACGUGGUGUUCAGAGUAGUCAAGCGAAGGAAAUUCGUCAUUUCCGUUCUGUACAGAAAUUUAAUUGGGGUCUCAUUACUGAUCUCGGAGCAGAUUACAGCUACUCCACAGUUAAGAGCGGAUGUAGUAGUCGGCUUUGUAUAACAUGAGCACAGAUCUCAGAUCGGUUAUUUGUAUGCGUUUUUUGCCCUCGUCUUUUACAUUGUAUAAACUUCUGCCAGGACUUCCGUAACGAGCACUGGCUGUAGUAACCAGUGCAAAAUCAUGGCAUUGGGUCUAUCAUAUCAAACGUUGGGAUUUCGAUUGUUAAGUCGUGUCUUCCUUCAGAAAGGUGUUGGCAAUUACACUGUCUGCCGGUUCACACACAGUACGUUGUCAGGACACAACGGUUCCGUACACACAGACUCAUCGCGGAAAGUCUAUGGGCUGCCGGCGGAACUGUGUUGGAGUUCCACAUGCAGAUCACUAUGGUCACCUGUCCACAACUUACGAUCAUUUUCGUCCCUACCUCCACCGCCCUCUUCUGGCGACAAAUCCAAAAAAACAGGGCCAGUAACCUGGAAGUCGUUAGCGAUAACGUUCGCCCUCGGCGGCGCUCUCCUGGCUGUGAUGAAGUACUUCAAGAAGGAGAAAGAAGAACUGAUUGAGAAAGAGAGGACCAAGUCGAUAGGGAAGCCUGCUUUGGGGGGGCCGUUCUCCUUGGUGGACCACAACAACAAGCCGUGCAAAAGCGAAGACUUCCUGGGCCAGUGGGUGCUCAUCUACUUUGGUUUCACACACUGUCCUGACAUCUGCCCUGACGAGAUCGAGAAAAUGAUAGAGGUGGUGGAUGAGAUAGAUGGUAUCCAGUCCCUCCCUAACUUGACCCCCCUCCUCAUCACCAUCGACCCAGACAGAGACACAGCCGAGGCCAUGGCUACCUACAUAAAAGACUUCUCUCCUAAACUGAUCGGGCUAACUGGAGCCAAGGCCCAGAUAGACCAGGUGUCCCGGGCCUACAGAGUCUACUACAGCCAGGGCCCCAAGGACGAAGAGAACGACUAUAUCGUCGACCACACCAUCAUCAUGUACCUGGUCGGGCCAGACGGGGAGUUUGUGGAGUACUUUGGCCAGAACAAGAAGAGUGGCGAGAUCAGCGGCUCCGUUGCUGCGUACAUGAGGAAGCACAAGAAGGGGAAGUAGGAGGAGGGGCCUCAUGUCGGAACAAAGACAGUGAUGACGAGGAGGAGGAUGAUGAUGAUGAUGAUGAUGAGGAGGAGGAAUUGCAAAGCGUUGCCUUCUGCCCCCCACCAGAACUUGGGCACCUUCCUGCCUCUGGCCCAAUGAGAGACGGUGUCCUGUGAUGUCACUGGCACUGCGGUGUAUUUAUUUGAGACUACUGCAGAGUUAAGAUGUCUGUGAUAAAACAUUCCCCCCUUUCUCUUUAUGUGUAACUCCAUUUACAGAUCUAGCAGACCACAGUCACAGUUAUAAUCAUUUAGUGUUAUGAAAGUAUUGGUAUGUUUGAUUUGCUUCCCAGUUGUGCCUUCAGGGUACUGGUUCAUAGUUUGGUUGUUUUUCGCAGCAGGUGAGACAAAUCAUGGGCUCCUAUAUGUACGUUUUUCUGUCCCUGGAUAACUAUAUAUCUUCUGUUCUCAGAAUAAUCCAGAAACAGAAAGGAAAAAACAAACCAAAAAAACGCAGCAUUGGUUUUUACUGCUUUGUUGAUUCACUGUACCAAAUCCAGCUGUUUUCAAUAGGAAGUGGGGGGGCAGUGAACAUAUUGAGUCCUUCUAGUUUGAAUGGUCAGUACCUGGAAGACUCCAUGCACUGAAAGCUUUAUAUAUUUUUUUGUUUUGUUUACACUUUCGGAUGCUCUGUAAUGGGUUUGGGGUUGUCCCAGAGACAUGUGCUCUCAUGGAGCAUAACAAGUUCAUGAUUAGACACAUGGUCCGUGUUACACAUACAAAUCAAAAGCAUACAGUAAACGAAUGAUGGUGGCUUUGUUAUAUUUAUUGAUUUGCAGCUUGUGUCAUAUAAAACCUGAAC